AAAAUAUUUACACAAAAAUAUAUUAAGAUAUAUAAUAUGGGUAAAAAAAAGUUUAUUUUGUGGUUUGAGCCAGAAAAUUCAUAAAAAAGAUACAAGUGAAAUCGCAAAAGCGAAACCGUAAAAUUAACAUUUGCUGGCCAUUGGGUGGGCCACAGGCAAAAAGUUUAGGAAAAAAUUUACAAAUUUUAGUUUGCCACAUCAGCAGUAAAUCAAAACACACACAAAAUAAAUAAACACAAACGCAAGGAAAGCAUUUGCAAACGAAUUCGAGUUCAAUACGAAUAACCGAUCUUUCAUUAUCACCACGCAUUGGUAUAAACAAACGUUGAGAAAAAAAAACUCGGGCAGAAAAAAAGUUUCCUACAAAAGGUACACAAAACAAGUCCAUCAACAUGUUCCGUAGCUUGGUCGUAGCGGUACUGCUACAACUGACAAUGAAUCCCUCGCUGCUGGUGUAUGGCCAAUAUCCCUGCCCCUUUAUCGAUACCGUCAAUAUAACUGGCAGCUAUCCACAUGAGGUCCAAAUCUCCGCUGGGAACACAAAUGGUGGGUCUGCCACAAAUCACAGCUACAUAUACAAAUGGAUGGUUGUACCCCCCGAUCUGGUGGCCAUCUAUGAUUUUGUGGUAAUCAAUGGUCAACGGGUGCCCAGUGCCAAACAUUUAAGAGCCUGCGUUUGCAAAAUUAAACCAUGUCUGAGAUUCUGCUGUCAAAGUGGCUACUACUACAGUCUACAGAAUAACUCCUGCAUUGCCCUGCCCUCUGCUUACGCUACCAACAAUGACACCAACAUCCCAGAUCCCGAAGCUAUGCCAGUUCUUUUCCGCAAUGGCUCUGUGUUGUCAGUCAACUCAACGUCCCAAUUUCUGGUGAAUAUCGGGGCACCCUGUGACACAAUGCGUGUGGUUUUAAAGGAUAAUCGUCAGGUGGAUUGGUUGCUGCAUGAGAAUGGUUCCAUAAUGCAUAAUCAACAUAGUUUUUCAAGACAUUACUGCUACACACCAUUGUCCUGGCGCAGGGAUAAAGAUAAGGAUGAAGACAAUCCUAUGUGGCAUUGGGAGCCUCUCACCUGUGUAGCAGCAAAACUGCCUUUCGUUUUGGGGGUUCGAGAAUGGACAUACGCGAUAUGUCUCAUUAUUACAGUGAUCUGCAUGAUCAUCGUUUUGUUUAUAUACCUGCUGUGCACUGAGCUGAGGAAUACAUUCUACGGAGUGGCCAUUAAAACCUAUUGCCUGUGCAUCAUCAUCGGCUAUUCAUUGUUGGCGCACUUGACCUUAACAAAUCCAUCGGAUAUGUCUAAAUAUGCGUGCUCUAAAAUACCUCUCUUUGCUUUGCUGUAUUUGAUUUUGUCCUUUUACAUUUUGACCUUUAUUAGUCUCAAUUUUUAUUUGAGCUUUUUUGGCAUUAUACUGAGCAAAUUGAUGUUCUGGUUCAUGUUCUUUCCCACUGUGGUCAUCGCAGCCUGUUGGUCCUUCUUUGUCAGCUUUACCUAUUACAACAACAAGCCGGUAUUUGGCAACGAUAUAUGCUGGUUCGAUCCACGCAAUUAUUCGAUUGUUGUUUACUUCUACUCGCCCAUCAUAGUGGCCUGCAUUUUCAGUGGUAUUUUCUACAUUUUAUCAUUGCUGCGAAUGAGCGAUAUGGCCGAGAGGGAUACCGGAAAAUUAACAAUUUUUGUUUCUCGCAAUCGUUUCAGAUCGUUUUGGAUUUUUGUUGGCUACACCCUUUUUGCCUGGCUUGUUUGCAUCUGUUCCUUUGCCAUCAACUAUUAUCGUGGCGAUUUUACUCACAUCAAUUAUGGAGUUUGUGUGUUCAUAGCCUUCCAUGGUUUUGGUGCCAUGUAUGCACUGCUUGGAAAAAAUCAUCAGGUUCAACACUUUUUGCGUCGCAUGGAUGACGAAGUGGAUAAUGACGAUAUUGCUGAGAUUUCAGUACCAAUGACCACAUAUUCAUAAACUUACAAUUGAAUCGAUAUCCAUUUGUUUUUAGAGCUUUAAGUAAUAUUACCUUUGUAUUAAUAAAGAUAAGCGCUCUAAUAUAACUUAAAUAAAAUUUAAAUUUUCAAGCCAUUUUGAAA